GAGAGAGGGACACAUCUAGACAUGCACAACCUACAGAGUUAGAGUGUCAUUAAUGUCUUUACAGUUCAACUGACUGAGCUGGAUAUAGCUACAGCAGACAGACAGGGAGUAAGAAAAGAGGGAGAAAAAUUUGAAACAAAGUGCCAACUGCAGGAUUUAAGGUUAGACUGUUUUUUUCUAAAUACUCCCAACUCCAGACAUGCUUUAUGAGUUCUUGUUAUUGUCUUUUCAUCUGACCUUGAUGGCAAACAGCACCCUUGGAGUUCCUGGAUUUUGUCUGUCUGUCCAUUUGCUGGUUGGUCCAGAUACCAGGAUUAAACUGAAAACUUCUAGAGCACUGUCAGAGAACCAGGAAAUAACUAGAUGCCUAUUGGUCACUUUGAAGAGAACCAGGACUGAACUGAAACCAAUCUUCUGAAGAAACCAGUCUACUGGGAACAGCACCUGCAUGCCAGAAAAGUUUGACCAACAUUGCUACAUGCAUGCAACACCUGGAACAAAAAUCUCUAAACUGGUAAUGAGGAUUUAACAAUCCUGACAACUGACACUACUACUACUGACUACUACUUACAAUUGUACUCACACUACUGAUGAUUAAACACCUUAUUGACAACUGACAGUGAUACUAUUGACUACUACUAUUGACAACUGAGAGUACCACAAUUGAUACUACUACUUACCCCACUGUUACUGAAACUGCUGACACUACUACUACCCCGUUACUGACACUACUCUGCUGACACUACUACUACCCCGUUACUGACACUACUCUGCUGACACUACUGAGGAUUUAACACUACUGACAACUGGCACUGCUUCUAUAGACACAACUGCUAUUGAAACUACUGUUACUGACACUACUAACGCUACUGUUACUUAAAAUACUGGCAUUAUUACUGAUAUUAUUGUUACAGACACUACUUAUAUUGAAACAACUCCUGAGCCUGAGGCAUCUGACACUGCAGCUACUGACAUUAUUAAAACUGUGUGUUACUGCUGACACUAUUCACGGUCCUGAGGAAGGCUGGAUGAACACAGUUUACAGAGUGGUUAGUCAUUUGUUGAAGGGUUUAGUCAUAGGUUGAAGGGGUUAGCCAUAUGUUGAAGGGAAUAGCCAUAGGUUGAAGGGGUUAGCCAUAUGUUGAAGGGGUUAGCCAUAUGUUGAAGGGGUUAGUCAUAGAUUGAAGGGGUUAGCCAUAGGUUGAAGGGGUUAGUCAUAGAUUGAAGGGGUUAGCCAUAGGUUGAAGGGGUUAGUCAUAGAUUGAAGGGGUUAGCCAUAGGUUGAAGGGGUUAGUCAUAGAUUGAAGGGGUUAGCCAUAGAUUGAAGGGGUUAGCCAUAGGUUGAAGGGGUUAGCCAUAAGUUGAAGGGGUUAGUCAUAGGUUGAAGGGGUUAGCCAUAGGUUGAAGGGGUUAGUCACCAGAGGUCAAAGUCUUUGGUCCAUCAUGUUCGCUGGUAGGGCUGCUACUGCAGGAUGCGGGCCCUCUGCAGGAAAAGGCGGUAAGUUUAGUGUAGAAGAACUCUACGGCUUCAGUAAGAAACCCAAACCAUUCACAACAACCAAGACAGGGUCAGAUAAGAAGGGGGGGGAGUCGGCACUAGCUGGACAGAUACUCCAGGCUGCCAGGAGACUGAUGGAGAAGAGAAGACUGGAGAUGUACCUCAGGGAGUGUGACCUCUCUGUGACCGACUGCACUGCUGAACAGACCGCCAUGCCCUACAGGAAUCUUGGAAAAUCUGGUCUAAGAGUGUCAUGUCUCGGUUUAGGAACUUGGGUGACAUUUGGUUCACAGAUCACAGACGAGGUGGCAGAAAGUCUGAUGACCAUUGCCUAUGACAAUGGAGUCAACCUGUUCGACACAGCAGAAGUGUAUGCUUCAGGAAGAGCUGAGAAAACCCUGGGUAACAUUCUAAAAAAGAAAGGUUGGAGAAGAUCUAGUUAUGUGGUGACCACUAAGAUCUACUGGGGAGGACAGGCAGAGACUGAAAGAGGAUUGUCCCGGAAGCACAUAAUUGAAGGUUUGAGGGAGUCUCUGUCUCGACUUCAGUUGGAAUAUGUUGAUAUCGUCUUCGCUAACCGCACUGACAUCAACUCACCAAUGGAGGAGGUGGUGAGAGCGAUGACGUUUGUGAUUAACCAGGGAAUGGCCAUGUACUGGGGGACAUCAAGGUGGAGCGCCAUGGAGAUCAUGGAGGCGUACUCUGUAGCUCGUCAGUUCAACCUGGUCCCUCCAGUGUGUGAACAGGCAGAGUACCACUACUUCCAACGAGACAAAGUGGAGAUCCAGCUGCCUGAACUCUAUCAUAAGAUAGGCGUAGGGGCGAUGACAUGGUCUCCAUUAGCAGGGGGGGUCAUAUCAGGGAAAUAUAACGACGGACUUCCUGAAGACUCCAGGGCUGCUAUGAAGGGCUAUGCAUGGAUGAAAGACCGGGUCUUCAGUGAAGAGGGACAAAACCAGCUGGCCAAGAUCAAAGAGCUCCUUCCUAUGGCAGACCGUUUGAACUGCACCCUAACUCAGCUUGCUAUUGCCUGGUGUCUGCGUAGUGAGGGGGUCAGCUCUGUUCUUCUGGGGGUCUCCAACACAGACCAGCUACAGGAAAACCUGGGCUCCAUCAGGGUUUUGUCCAUGCUCUCUCCUCAGAUGGUAGCAGAGAUGGAUGCUCUUUUGGGAAACAAACCUAGACUCAAGAAAGAUGGUCGCCCAUGAAAACAGAGGGAGAGAGAGAUGAAGAGGGGGAAAUGUACAACAUGAGGGAUUAAACAGAGGAGUUCUGUGGAAUCAGAAUCCUACUGACUAAUGACAUAGUCUUAAGCUAACAUGACUAAGAACGGCAUUCCCUUUAAGAGACCACACCUACUAAAGACAUUCCCCUUUAAAUGACCAUGCCUAAUAAGUCAUUACUUUUAAGAUAUCACGACAAGUUAAAACAUUCCCUUAAAGAGACCCCACCUUCUUAAGACUUUGUUCUGGAGACCACACCUACUGAGAAAUUACCCUAAAGAGACCUUGCCUACUACACAGUUUUAUAAAUUGCCCUUCUGUAUUUUGCAGAACAUAGGCUCAUUGUAACAACACAAUGUCUGAUCUGCAUUCCAAUUCUCCACACGUCUCCCAGAGUGUUCACCUGCACACUUCCUUGCAUGGAUUUCAUAAUUUUAGAAACUCCCUUAACCAUCAAUGCUGUAACAAUCAUAUGAAACCUGUAACAGUCAUAUUAACACUGUAACUGGAAUAUUAACACUGUAACAGACAUAUUAAUACUGUAACAGGCAUAUUAACAUUGUAACUUGCAUAUUGACAUUGAAAGAGUCAUAUUUACACUGUAACUGACAUAUUUAUACUGUAACUGGCAUAUUAACACUGUAAAACUCAUAUUAACACUGUAAGAGAUAUAUUAAUACUGUAACAGUCAUAUGAAUACUGUAACUGGCAUAUUUAUACUGUAACAGUAAUAUUAACCCAGUAACAGAUAUAUUAACACUGUAACAGAUAUAUUAACCGAGUAACCGACAUAUUAAUACUGUAACAGUCAUAUGAAUACUAUACCUGGCAUAUUAAUACUGUAACAGUCAUAUUAAUACUGUAACUGGUAUAUUAACACUAACAGACAUAUUUAUACUGUAACAGACCUAUUAAGACUGUAACAGUCAUGUUUACACUGUAACAGUCAUAGUACCAGUUUAACAAUCCUGUAUACAUUAUAGACAUAUUACCUUUGACUUUACCAUUAGAUUGGAUCAGGUAUACUGGGUGUUGAUAUCAGGCUGGCUGUAAUAAUGAAAUGUCAAUAGAGCUGACACAGUCAGUUGAUAUGACCAGGUGUACUGCUUUUCUUGGCUCAAAUUGAUUCAGCUGGGGAUACAUUCAAACCCCAAUAAAAAUGUUUGACCAGUGUCUAUUCAUAAUAUUCAUCCUGUGCCCACAUAUACAAAUGUCUACUCACAAUAUUCAUCCUGUUCCCACAUAUACAAAUGUCUA